AUGGAUACCCCGUCGUCAAUCUCCUCCGAUGUCAUGGGUCAUCUCGAUACCCGAUUGGCGUUCUUUGGGAACGACUUUCCCAGCGACAACUUGACGGAACUCUUUCGGCGUCUACAUCGGUGGUCGAAGGACAAGAAGUUUUGUACGCUGGCUUCGUUCUUAGAGGAGUGUGUUGCCACUAUCAAGAAUGAGAUUUUAGGUUUAUCGCAGCCUGUUCCUCGUGAAGUCUCCGCUCUUCAAACUAUCCUGGGGCUGGUGGAGGGAUGGGAGGCGAUCCGGACGACGCCAAUUGGAGGUGCCCUUGAGAGCGCACUCCUGUGUAUGCUUCAAGUUGGUGUCCUCAUCGGAUCCUAUGAGGCGACAGGAAAAAAGUACAAUAUUGCGGAAACGGGAACGACUCUCGCGGGUUUGAGCAUUGGUAUCCUAUCCGCCGCAGCUGUCGCAGUCUCUCAAACACUUUUCGACCUCGCCAAGUAUGGUGUUGAAAGUGUACGCAUUGCGUUCCGAAUGGGAAUUCACGUGGAUCAUGUCUCGCAGUCGCUUGAGGCCCGAGAACCUGAAGGGCCUCCCAAGAGUUGGGCUUACGUUGUGACUGGUGUAUCCGCUGAUGUUAUCCAGCAAGAGCUGGAUCGCUUUAACAAAGAAACCUCAAAUCCACAACUCACAAAAGUCUUCAUCAGUGCUGCGGAUGCAAAUUCAGUCAGUGUCACCGGCCCACCUUCUCGUCUACUUAAUGCAUUCCACCACUCUGCCGUUCUCCGGUAUUCCAAGCACCUGCCUCUCCCAGUCUACAAUGGCCUGUGCCAUGCCAGUCAUCUCUAUACCAGCAAGGAUUCUAGCUCCAUCCUCGCUGUUUCUGAUAAUACUGCCACUGGUCGUGUCUACCUCCCGGUACUUUCCGCAAAGACCGGAAAGCCCUAUGUCGCCACACAAGCAAGAAAGCUGUGGGAAGAGAUUGUUCUUGAGAUUCUGACUGGUGGAAUCUAUCUCGACAAUCUUACAGAGGGCAUCGUCCGCGAGAUCUCCAUUGCUGGAUCACCGGAAGUGGACGUGUUUCUGCUUCGAACUUCAUUGAUUGCGCAAGGAAUUCUCUCAUCAAUCUCAUCAAAUAUUACCGAUAUCAGCAUUCGCAAGACUGACCUGCUUGACUGGUGUCUCGUUGAAGAGCCCGACUUCUACCCGUCUACCCCACGGUCUCCCCACCAGUCCAAGCUGGCGGUGGUUGGAAUGUCAUGCAGAUUGCCCGGGGGAGCCAACGAUCUAGAGCUUUUCUGGAAAAUCAUGGAAGAAGGUCGCGAUGUCCACACCCGUAUCCCUGCAGAUCGAUUUGAUGUCGACGCCCACUAUGAUCCCACAGGCGAGAAAUGGAAUACCACGCAAACUCCUUUCGGCAACUUUAUUGAUGCUCCGGGCAUGUUUGAUGCCAAUUUUUUCAACAUGUCCCCGCGAGAGGCUGAGCAAACCGACCCAAUGCAUCGACUUGCUCUAGUCACUGCAUAUGAGGCACUCGAAAUGGCGGGAUACGCCCCUAAUCGGACCCCUUCUUCCAUCCUCAGUCGCAUUGGUACAUAUUACGGUCAGGCUAGUGAUGACUGGCGCGAGCUGAACGCCGGCAUGAACAUCGGCACUUAUGCCGUCCCGGGAGGCGAGCGAGCCUUUGCCAACGGCCGAAUCAACUACUUCUUCAAAUUCGGUGGUCCCAGUUUCAAUGUGGACACUGCCUGCUCGAGUGGGUUGGCUGCUGUCAAUCAAGCAUGCAGUGCCCUUUGGGCCGGUGAAGUCGACACCGCCAUUGCUGGAGGAUUGAACGUCAUCACCAACCCUGACAAUUUUGCCAUGCUCUGCAAAGGUCAUUUCCUGUCAAAGACAGGUCAAUGUAAAGUCUGGGACAAGGAUGCAGAUGGAUACUGCCGAGCUGAUGGAAUUGGAUCAGUGGUGAUCAAGCGACUAGAGGAUGCAGUGGCCGACAACGACAAUAUUCUCGCCACUAUUGAUGCCGCUUAUACGAACCAAUCUGCGGAUGCUAUAUCCAUCACUCAUCCUCAUGCUGGAGCUCAGAAGGAAAAUUAUCGACAGGUCAUGCAAGCUGCGGGAAUCAGUCCCGUCAGCGUGAGUUAUGUCGAGCUUCAUGGUACCGGAACCCAAGCCGGCGACUCUGUUGAAUCAGAAUCUGUCGUUGAUGUCUUUGCCAAUCCGAAAUCACGUCGCCAAGCACCUUUACUUAUGGGCGCAGUCAAAUCGAACAUCGGUCACGGUGAAGCUGCAGCUGGUAUUGCGUCCUUGUUGAAGGUUCUUCUCAUCUUCCAGAAGAACAUGAUUCCGCCCCACGUCGGCAUCAAGACCGAGAUCAACCCCGUCGUUGCAAAGAAUCUCGAACGAUGCAAAGCCGGCCUUGCACUUGAGAUGACACCUUGGCCCCGCAUGUCAGAGAAAAAGCGAUAUGCAAUUGUCAACAGUUUCGGAGCACACGGUGGUAAUACCACUUUGCUUCUGGAAGAUGCACCCCAGAGUCAGCGCGUUGGAUCUGAUUCUCGCCAUACACACGUUAUUUCCCUUUCAGCCAAGAGCAAGGCGUCUCUUAAAGGGAAUAUAGAGGCUCUGGCUGCAUACCUCGAACACCACCCUGAGACUGAUCUGGGUGAUUUGGCCUAUACCACCUGCGUCCGCCGUAUCCAACAUCAUACCCGCUUCGCUUUUGCCGCGUCGAGCAUUGAUCAAGUUAUUAAAUCACUCAGCCAAUGCCUCGCCAAUGAUACCGUUUCUUCUCUCCGUCCUGUUUCAAAUGCGUCCACGACUGUUCCAUUUGCUUUCACGGGACAGGGUGCUUUCUAUACCAAGAUGGGUCACCAACUAUAUCAAGAAUUCCCUACCUAUCGAACAGCAGUUGAGGAGCUCGACCGGCUAGCCCAGCGACUGGGUCUGCCCUCUGUCAUUCCUCUCAUUGAUGGAACCGAGACUGACGAGCAGAGUGUAUCUCCCAUUCUCACUCAACUUGCUAUCGUGGUGACCGAAAUUGCUCUUGUGCGAUUCUGGGCAUCCCUUGGCAUCACCCCAUCUGUGGUCAUUGGUCACAGCUUAGGUGAAUAUGCUGCUCUUGUUGCUGCCGAUGUCCUAUCAGCAGCGGAUGCAAUCUUCCUCGUCGGUAAGCGCGCGGAGCUGAUCCUGAGAUCUUGCAAUAUGGGAAGCCAUGUCAUGCUUGCUGUUCGUGCUGGUGUGGAUCAGAUUGAGAAGAUGGCACCCAUGAAUGCGCCAUUUGAAGUCAGUUGCGUGAAUUCGGCACAGAGCACGGUCAUAGGAGGCUCUACAGAUAAUAUCCAAGCUAUUCGGGCUGCUCUAGAAAAAGAGGGACUGAAGUGCACGCCCUUGAAUCUGCCAUUCGCAUUCCACACGGAACAAAUGGAGCCUAUCCUCGACACCUUUGAACAGGUGGCUCAGCAAGUCAGUUUUCGCACACCGAGUGUUCCUAUCCUCUCUCCGCUAUUGUCCGACUGCGUCUUUGACGGGAAGACUGUCAAUGCAAAAUACUUGCGCCGCGCUUCACGAGAAUCGGUCAAUUUUGUCGAAGCUUUGGAAGCUGGUCGUGAUAUGGGUGUUAUCCAGGACAAUACCUCGUUCAUCGAGAUUGGCCCACACCCAAUUAACGGUUCUUUCAUCAAAGCCCACAUGCCUCAAGCUCAAAUUCUCGCUUCCAUGCGCAAGAGUGAAGACAACUUCACUACUCUUGCCGGCUCUCUUGCGAGUCUUCAGAGCAGUGGUCUGCAGAUUGAUUGGAAUGCGUACUUCAAGCCAUUCGAGAAAUCUCUCCGUCUCGUGCCACUUCCCAAGUAUUCUUGGAAUGAGAAGAACUACUGGCUACAGUAUACUGGAACCUGGACUCUCGACAAGGCUUAUCCGCAGGAAGAUCGCAGGUCUGUCGCAUCGUCGCCUCAGGGCUCUGCUCUGCGGACUUCAUCUAUUCAUCGUAUCAUGUCGGAAGAAGUUGUUGGUUCAACGGCGGCAUUGACUGUUCUGUCUGAUAUCAUGGACCCUGAGUUCCGUGCGGCGGUGGACGGCCACCAUAUGAAUGGUUACGGCGUGGCUACCUCGUCUCUUUGGGGCGACAUGGCCAUGACCAUAGGCGAAUAUCUUUACAAACGACUAGUCCCUCAAACUCAUGAUAUCCACAUGGAUGUCUCUAAUUUGGAAGUUCUUCACGCGCAGGUAGCACAUACAGACAAGAGCCGUGCCCAGCUGCUUCAGGUCGAGGCCAAGUUAGAUCUCAGCACUAAACAGAUGGCUAUUCAGUGGUUCAAUGUCUCGAGUGAGAAUGGACGUGCCGCUGAACCUUACGCUACUGCCACCGUGCUUUUCGGCGAUGCUUUAUCCUGGCGCAAAGACUGGGAUCGUCUAUCGCACCUCGUCAACAGUCGUAUCGCAUCUCUAUCACAGAUGGCGCUCGAUGGCACAGCCAACCGCCUCUCUCGAGGCAUGGCCUACACCCUUUUCAAGAAUGUGGUUGACUACACUGACCACUACCGGGGUAUGCAGUCUGUCGUCCUAGACGGCAUGGAGGCAUACGCCGAAAUCACGCUCAGCCCAGACCUCCACGGCACCUGGCACACGCCACCCUACUGGAUCGACAGCCUCUUCCAUAUCGGAGGCUUUGUACUCAAUGGCAGCGACGCCUCCAACACCAAGGACUACUUCUACGUCACUCCAGGCUGGGGAAGCUGCCGUAUCGCCCAGCCCUUAGUGGCUGGUGGAAAAUAUCGCAGCUACGUGCGCAUGGCACCAACCGAGGAGAAGAACAUGUAUGCAGGUGACGUCUACGUUCUUCAAGACGGUGCGAUCGUUGGAAUGAUGGGUGAGAUGAAAUUCCGUCGCGUGCCGCGCGUCUUGAUGAACCAAUUUUUCUCCCCGUCAGAGGCCACCUCAUCAAAGACGACGGUGCCCACUUCAGUCGUGUCUGCUACUCCCACUUCACAGAGCAAGGCAGCAACAGUCGUAUCAUCUGUCUCCAUCGCGAAGGCUUCAACGCCCCCUGUUGAGGCUGCGCCGCAAGUCCAAGCUACCGAGUCCGCCCCAACAAUCGCGCAACAAUCUGUUACCCCGGCCUCUUCAGAAAGCCCAAUCAUCACUGAUUGUUUGAAAAUAAUUGCUCGGGAGACGGGAUUGGACCCUAGCGAGCUGGUGGACACUGCUUCGUUCGUGGAGCUAGGUGUGGAUUCUUUGAUGUCUCUGGUGCUGUCGGAGAAAUUCCGGGUGGAGCUCAAUGUCGAUGUGAAGAGUUCUGUUUUUAUCGAGUGUCCGAAUAUUGGCGAGCUCAAGGCUUGGUUGGAUCAGUGA